UGUCUGUGAAUUUCAAAAGCCCAAGUUGAACACACGGAAUGGUCAGUCUACAUUAAAUAUACUCUACGUUCCAUUCUUAACCGGCCGUCAAAUAUUUCGCGUAUUACUCCAAUUGCUUUUCUCAGUUAACAAUUAGUUUUAUACUAGUGUAAUAAAAUGGCUCGUCGGUAUGACACAAGAACUACGAUAUUCUCCCCUGAGGGGAGACUGUAUCAGGUUGAAUAUGCCAUGGAAGCCAUAAGUCACGCGGGUACUUGCUUAGGAAUCCUUGCCAAUGAUGGAAUUUUAUUAGCUGCCGAAAGAAGAAAUACCAACAAACUGUUGGAUGAAGUAUUCUUCUCAGAAAAAAUUUACAAACUAAAUGAAGAUAUGGUUUGUUCUGUUGCUGGAGUGACUUCAGAUGCAAAUGUACUUACGAAUGAGCUCCGAUUAAUUGGUCAGCGAUAUCUUCUGCAAUAUGGCGAAGCAAUUCCCUGCGAGCAGCUGGUGUCAUGGCUAUGUGAUGUUAAGCAAGCAUACACUCAAUAUGGAGGAAAAAGACCGUUUGGUGUGUCUAUCCUAUAUAUGGGCUGGGAUCGGCAUUAUGGUUAUCAGCUUUACCAAUCUGACCCUAGUGGCAAUUAUAGUGGGUGGAAAGCAACUUGUAUUGGCAAUAAUUCGGCAGCAGCAGUCUCUUCCCUAAAGCAGGAGUAUCAAGAAGGUGAAACCACUUUGAAGGAUGCCAUGGCUCUCGCUAUCAAAGUUCUAUCAAAAACACUCGAUAUGACUAAACUUUCCGCAGACAAAGUUGAGAUGGCAACUCUAACUCGUGAAAAUGGUAAAACCAAGACUCGUAUUUUACCUGCAUCAGAAGUGGAAGCAUUGAUCGCUGAACACGAUCGUCUAGAAGCACUUGCUGAACAGGCCAAGAAAGAAAAGCAAAAACUAUAAAAAAACUAACCAUCUAUUCAUUUUUUAUUACCUAAUCGUUGAUGAAUAAUAAUUAUUCACUUCCACAAACAAUUCCGUUUGGUGCAAGUGAUAAAUAGCAUACAUUUUGAAUAAACAUAAAUUACAAAAGCAA